AUGGACAACUUAAGUGAAUCUGACAAUGAAAUUAAAUCAAGUAUUAGGACAGAAACACAAGCUAGCUAUCCUAAGAUUGAAAGAAUAAGAGGAUAAUUUACUCUCAAGAGAUACUAAGAAAAGAGAAUAAAGGUCAAAAGAUACAAAAUUAGGAACGACUGCAUAGGGAUUUUACACUGCAAGAGCCGGACUCUAGAGUUCAUAGUCAUCGGCUAUGCUUCCCUCACUGAACUUCAAUGUAAAUCUAAAGAUUAUUUCUAUAACAUCUUUUAGAGAGAUUCAAUUUUGAGUCCUAGCCGAGGCGGACUAGAUAGUAUGCUAACUUCAAGAGCAGAGAAAAAUGCAGAUAUGAUGAGAACUCUUAGAAAUUUGAAGUAGACUCAAUCUUAAGGAGGCUUUGGCUUUUUAGGACAAGAUUAACAUUUUUAACAUACUUACAGGGCGCCUUCCUAGAAGAAAGAUUUCGAAGCUAAGCUUCAGCAUAAUAUUUAAAAUCUCAAUCAAAAGUAAGAAAAUCUGGUCAAAAAGCUAAAGACCACAGCCUUUGAUUAAUUAUGUGAGAAGACCAAAAAGAAAUUUGAAAGAUAGCAAUUAGCAACAUAGAGUAUUCCUAAACUCAUAAAAUGUGCAGACAGAGUGCUAAACAAAAGAUUUGUAAAAGAAGAAAAAGAUAGCACUGUUUAAAGGUUAAUUAAUGAUGAGUUGGCGUAAGAUGCUGGCUAGGAAGAAAUAGUAGCUAGCAAAAAUGAUUUAAUCGAAUAAUAGUAAGAGAGGGCAAGUAAAAUUCUAGAGAAAAAUAAACAAGAAGAAGAGCUAAUGAAAUACACAUUCACAAAUUUUGGAUAUACUUUUAAGAAACGUUAGAAGAAAGAGGAGACAGAGCAAGAUUUAGAGAAAAUUGGUGAGGAGUCAGCAAAGAGAAAAGAUAUAAACACUCAAGUCUUUUAAUAUACUGAAGUUGAAACGAAAUUGAAAACCAAAAGCCCAUCAAAGAAUGAAUUAAUAGAAGUUGAAUCGAGAGGUUCUGACAUCACUAAAACAUCCCAAAGGUAGAAAUAAGAACUUAACAUAGAUUUGAGAGAUAUUGUAGAAGAUAAAGGAAAAUACUUUGCUAUCAAGAACAAGUCACCAAUAAAGGAAGAUUAGCUACAAAAGAACAUUCAAAUCGAACGAAUAGACCAAAUUUCAAAUCCUUAAGUCAAAAAGAUAAGGAAUAAUGAGAAGAAUUCAAUUAAAUAAGUAAAGUUCUACCGUUAAAAUGCUAAGAAUUACUUCUUCCCACUUGAGAUUUUCGAUGAUGAAGCAAGAGAUGAUCCCGACCCAGAGAUUAUGAUCUUAAAUUCAAAUUAAAUCCAUGGGUUUUCUAGAUUUACAACAGAUGAGAUUGAUUCAGAUGUUUAAUAUCUGCCUUUUGGACCAAAUCAAGCCAAAGUUAAAUGGGAAAGGUGUCGCAUCAUAGGCUAUGAUCCCACUUCUAAGUUAUUUGAAAUCAAGUUUGUGAACCAUCCUUAAAGCAAAGUAAAAUAGGUUAAAAGACUAAACUUGGCAUACGAAUAUGAAGACUUAUAAAAGCAUGAAAAAAGAAUAUAAAUAGCUCGGGAAAAGCAGAAGGUUCAUGAAUGUCUAGUAAGAUAUACUGGAAAUUUAAUGAAGAAAAAUAAUGAAAUUUCUCAGUCCAAAGAGGCCUUGAUUCUUAUUAGGCCUUAGAUUAUUGAGAAUAUAAUCAUUCUUACAAAUGAAGGAUACCUAAAUAAGAUAAAGAAUGAUGUAGAUGAGAAAAGUGCUCAUAACAUCAACCAUCUCAAAAAUCUGAGAAAGCUUACAAGAGAUUUCCUUAAAUUCUACAGGUUUACGGUGGUUAAAGAUGCAUUUGAUUAAGAGAACAUGAAUAAAAAGCCUGAAGAUUACUUCCUUGCAAUGCAAGAGAAGGAAUUUUGGUCUAAGAUGCGAUUUAUUAGAAGCAUUAUUUACGGAUCAAGAAGAACACAUCAAGUAAAACCCAAAUCAAAAUUAAAUCAUCUAGAAUUGAAGGAAGAUCUUAAAAGAGCUACUCUUCAAGCUACAAAGAAAAGAAUCACUGAUAACUUAUUUGAUUUGAUGAGCUACACAAAACACACUCGAAAAAAGAUGAUGUAGAAUGAUGGAUAAAACAUAUCAAUAGUUGAAGAAGAUGUCUAGAACGAAAUAAUCUCCUAUUCUGAUUCUAGUAUAAUAGACGGUGGGAAGCUGACUAGAUAGAGAUCAGAGGAGAUACUUACUGUUUAAAAGGCUGGGAAAUCUGAUGAUGAGAGUUCAGAAUACGAUAUUGAUUAAUCUGAGAAAGAUGAAUUCCAGGAGGAGGAUGAAGAUAUAGACUAGUCAAAUGGUACUAUGUACAAGAUUCCUGAUUUUGAGGAGAAUGAGGACGAAAAGGAAUUCAAGGAAAAGAUUGCUUUGAUAUGCAUUGAUAUCGACAGAAAUAGAUAGAUGAAUAAAUUUGAGAAGUAAAGCCAGUUGAUGAAAUAAAUAAUUGCAAUAUUCAAAGAUAAGAGGAGAGCUAAUUGCAAAAAUCUUGAAAAACUUAGACCUAAAAAUCUUGCAUUGGUCCAUGUGAUAUUCCCUAAGAUAAUCAGGUACAUCAAGUCAAUAUCUGAAAUAUCAUUCUUUAAGGGUUUGCAGAUCAUUCAUGACAAAAGACAACCAUUAUCUUUAAAGAAAUUCGAAGAUGCAAUGCUAUCAAAGCAGUAAAACUAAAUUAGCAAAGUCGAAAAUAUUUGCAAGACUGCUGAAAACACUCUGAAUAACAUGAUUUAUGACCUCGUCAACUAGUGCCACGGGGAUAUGAACAAAAGAAAUGAUCUAUUCUAAAGAUUUAAUAGACUCACCAGAAUUAGUAAUAUUUUCCUUGAGAGUACGCUUAAAGUAUCUAUUGCCAAAUCUUUCGAGGAGGGUUAUCAAUUUAUGAGGAGAUACUAUGCAGUACUACCUCUAUCAGGUAUCUAUAACAAUAGAAUUCUCCAAUUGUGUGAGGACUAUAUUAUCAUCUAAUUAAAUGAGUAGCGCAAAGCUCUAGAAAUGUCAGCUAUUCCUGAACUUGGUGAUAGACUCAAGGAAAUUUCUCAGAGAGAAGAAAUGACAAUCGCUCAAAUCUAAAAGCAUAUUGAGAGGAAAAGAACAAUUAGUAUAUAACAAUUUAGAAAGUAGUAAUCUAUGCUAUCUAACCAAACUGUUGGCUCAAAAUCUCUCCAUGAAGAACUGUAUCAGCAAAGUUCCUUGUUAAAAAAGGUUUCCAGUAUGGAUGAAAGAGAAGAAAUUAUAGAUAGCGAGAAUCUUGUUAAAGAAUCUAUCGUUUUUAUCAAUAAGUAGUACCAACAGUCAAGUACUAACACAUUUUAGUUGGUCUUUACCCCUGAUAGAAAUCCAUUAGUUGAUGAAACUACUAAAUUCCUUAACAUAAUGUACAAAUGGCAUCUACCUUAUCAAUCAAUGAAAAUAGCACCACUAAUUAGGAUUGAGAUAAUUUCGAGAAGGAGAUUUACAAUCUUAAAAAGAACACUUCUAACUCCCAAAUUAUUAAGACCAGGAACUAUUGUUGAUAAGAAAAAGAUUCAGUAAGAUGAUGACGAGGAUGAAGAUGAAAGGAAAGCCAGAAAAGAGGAAGAAAAACUCAAGAAGAAAAACGAUAUAAUUUCUAAUUCUCUGUUUGGGAAAAAAUUGAAAGAGAGUAGAAACAAAAAGACUUUUAAGAUUCCACAUCUCAAGGGACCAUUUACUAUAUCUAUUGGGGAUUUUAAAAAUAUGGAUUAAGAUAGAUAAGCAUCGGCUCCUGAUAUUGAGCCUAAAAAUUAAGAAGAAUAUUAAUCUUAAGAUGACAGCAGUAGCGAUUAAAGUUUUAAUGAUCUCAAAAUUCAUAGUAUUAAUGAAGUUCAACCACUACCAAAAUUGAAAAUUAUGGAGGAUGAUAAUAUCUUUUUAGUGUAGAAGGUAAAAAAGAUUACAGUUACUGAUAUAUUUGGAUUAAUAUCUAAAGAAAAAGUUGUAGAAAGUCCAGAUCUAUUAUUUAGUAGGACAGUAUCUAAUGCAUCUUAGACAAUCAAUGAAAGUAUGAUGUCAAUUGAUCCUGACUAGAGAAAUUAAGAUAUAAAAGAAGGUUAGUAAGAUAUUAUUUAGGAAUAGCCUUAAGACAUAAUUAGCAGAUACUUCCCGUGGUAUGAUGAGGAUAACUUUCAAGAUCAGGCUAUUUUCUUUAAGCCUACCUUCAAAACUAUGGAGUUAAAGCUAAAAUAACUUUUGAUAGAUCCAAUUUAAAAGCUUCAAAUGAUUUCUAAUAUCAGAGCACCCGAGAUAAUUGAAUAACCAUUCAAGAAGAAUGAUGAUGAUUUAAUGGCAAAUUAAGUUCAAGAUCUUGAAAAACUCUAACGAGAAUUAGAAACUGUGAUAUGCUAUUCAAUUGUUGGCCCAUUGUCUAUAUUAGGCAUGCUAAGGCAAUAUGAUUAUCUUGUAUUAUAUCAAGAGUUAGAUUACCUUCAGACUAUACAGACACUAGCAGAUGAUGACGAAAUAGAGAUUCUUUAUAAUGAAUUCAAGCUUUUGAAAUAGGAUGAAUAUGAAAUUGAUAUGAGAUUUCCAAAUGAACUUAGUUUUGGCUGUCUAGUGGUUGACAUAAUACAUCUUAAAAGAGAGCUCAUAAACAGUGCUAAUCACCUAGCCACAAGUAUUUCACAUUAGAUUAAGAGGAAAUUCUUGAAUAUUUAAGAGGUAGCUUGGAAAAAAUUUGAAGAAAUAAGAAAGAGGCUAAUGCAAUCAAUAGAUACCAAAGAAAUAUUUAUUGAUAUCAAGAAGUAUAUCAAUAACUCUAAUCUUGAAAAUGACAUUGAAGUAUUGAAGAAUCAUCUCAAGAAAUGCAAAAAACUUGAAUCUCUAUUUUAAAAGUUUUACACAUAUAUUGAUCCGAUUGAUUACGAGAAAUAUUGGCUAAGUUAUCAAUGGGAAUGGAGAGUCAAGUCUUUUAAAGAAGAGACUAUUUUUAGAAUGAAUAGAUGCAUUGAAAGAUUUAAGCAGGAGGUAAUACAAGAAGCUGAUAUGGUAAAAAAUCAGAUAGGAUAAAUGGGAAGAAUUAUAAACUCUAGGUUCAAGUUUCAUCAAGAUAUGGAAAAUGCCGAAUCAUAUGCUUAAGGUAUUUCAGACAUUGUCGAGAAACUCAAAGCUUAUAAGGAAAAAGCUAUAAAGCUGAAUGAAUAAGAAGUUAUCUUGGGUCUGCCACCUACAGAUUAUAGUGAAAUAGCAGAUUAUCUAAAUGUAGGUGAACCACUUAAAACUCUAUGGAUAAUGGUUAAGAACUGGCAUAUUGAGAAUGAUAAAUACAUGAAUCUAUACUUUAGUGAUCUUAAUAAAGAUGAGAUUGAAUAGAUGGUUCGCAAGACAUAUGAAACUAUAGAUGAAUUAGAUGAGAAGUUAAAUUUUGAAGAAACUAAUAAUCCGAAAACAGUUCUUGAAAGAAUUUUAAAAGAAUUAGAUGACUUUUGCGAAAAUUGUAUGCCAGUUAUUAUAGGAUUAAUCUCAGAAAAAAUAAGAUAAAGGCAUUGGAAUGAGCUGAGAGAUCAUCUUUAUGCAAAUUAAAUUAACAAUAAUUUGAAUACAGGACUAGACGGAGAUCUGAAUGCAGUACCUUAGUUAAAAGCUAAUGAGAUAACUUUAAAAUACCUAAUUGAGGAAAACAUUAUUACUUUGAUUCCAAUCAUUUAACAAAUAAGAGAGAAAGCAGAAAAAGAAUAUGAAAAUGAGAUCUACAUUGAAAAUCUAACUCAAGAAAUUAAGAAUUACUAGGUGGAAUUUAUAACGACUAAAGAUGGUAAUAUACUAAUUAAGAAUGCCAGAGAACAUACAAAUACACUUCAAGAUUACAAUUUCAAUUCGAAAAUAAAGCUGAAGAAUGACAUAUAUAUUUUACCUUUUGAAGAACAUCUCAAGGAAUUGUAAUUCAAAUUGAAGACUAUGAAACACUAUAUGGAGUAGGUUGAUAGACUCUAAAAGAACUAUAUAAUACUAAGUGAUGCAUUCAGACUAAGAGAAAUAUAACUGACACUUGCCAAUGAAUGGAAGGAUUUUGAAGAAAUUGAUAAGGAAUUUUAUGAAAGACUAAAACAAAAUACAAAGAUGCCAAACUUUCUUCAGAAUGUUACUGAGGAAGACUACUUAAGACUCAGACUCUUCAAUGAAAAACUUAGAAACAUUAGAAUCAAUUUCAAAAAAUUCUUCUCUGAGAAAAGAGAAAAAUUCCCAAGAUUCUUUUUCCUUUCGGAUUAGCAAAUUAUGAAUCUAACUUGUUCAUAAAAUAAUCCAAAAUAUAUGAACACAUAUCUCAGGUACUGUUUCAGAGGAGUAAAAGAAUUGAUGCUUGAUGAAAAUUAAGAAAAUAUAAUAGGGUGUUUAGGUGUGAAAAAUGAGAAUGUGCUGUUUUAAGAUGUAGUGCCAAUUAAGGGAAUUAGAGAAAUUAUUCCAACUAAUACUGAUGUUGAUGAAAAUGACUCAAAGUCUGAUAUUCCACAGCAUAGAGAUGAAGAGAAAGAAAUUAAAUACAAUAUUGAUAUCUGCAUAUGGAUGUAGGAGUUGGAAAAUUAACUUAGGUGGACAAUGAAAAAUGUAAUUAGAAGAUGUAUAAUUGAAAGAGAUGAUUCUCAUAUUGAGGAAUGGUUAUAUAAUCAGUCCUUUAAUGAGCAGACUUAUUUAGUAGUGGAAGCUAUAAAGUUCAACUACGAUGUUGUAUCAAUAUUCAACUAAGAUGGAAUUCAAGGACUUUAGAAGUAUGCCUAGAGGCUUAGAAGAUAUGCAAAGACAAUAGUUAAUUUCAUUCAUUUUGAUGAACUCUGGGCUCAAAAAUUAGAAAUAUAUGAAGAGUCUCAAGCUCCUUCGCCAGACCCAAAAGCAAAAUUAAGAAAAGGUGUUCAUCAAUCUAAAGGCAGUUUACAUGACAUCUCAUCAAUGAAUGGAAAUUUAACUGCAGAUAAAUCUAAACCUUUGAGAUAAAAAACUAUGAAAGCAGCCAAAAUAGAAUAACAUCUAGACUAAAAUAUGGGAAUCGAAUUAUAAAAAUCUGAAGAUAAGAAAGAUACUCAACCAUAGCCAACAAAGUUAGAUGAAGAAAAAGAUAAACUCAUUAGAUCAAUUAACAAGCAAAAAGAUGAGUUUAGAUCUUCAAGAAGGAUUGUUUUUGAGAGCCUGUAUUUGUAAAAACUUAACCAAAUUGAAAUUUUGGAAGUGCUUAUAUCAAAUUAGGUUCAAGAUCUUACUUGCUUUGAAUGGCUAUCAUAGCUGAAAUUUGCUCUGGAAAUAGAAGCACAUCGUAUAGAUGAAAAGUAGCAAUAACUUGAAAAUCAUUUGCAGUCCUUGAAAAAAUAAUUCAGUAUUUUGGAAUAGCUAACAAUUAAAGAUGCUAGAGAAUAAAGGUUCAUUGAAGCAGCUAAUUAACAGAAGAAAAUAUCUUAAAUGGAAUUAGAUAGGAAAACUGAUAAUUUGACUAAUGUAAUACAUGUCGAGGAAGAAGAGAAAAACCAAAUAAGUUUAGGAGUAGCAAUGAGGAAAAGAAUAAGAAUGGAAGUAGAAGCAUAAGCGUUAAGAGCUGAGAAAGAAAAACUUAGCGUUGAAAAGAUUCUGAAACUCUCUAAGCUAUAUCAGAGUGUCUUAGAUGUAAAUGAAGAUAAGGUGAAGGAUGUUUAUUUUGAGUACUCAGCUGAUUAUUCAUCACUUAAAAGAGAAAAGAAAGACUACAGUAUAGUAGCAUAUAUGCUUUGCCAUUAUCAAUAAUACGGUUUUGAAUUUAAUCCUACUGAAGGAUCUGUUUUAGUUUAUACUCCAUAAACUUAGAAAUGCCUUUACAACUUAUUUUAAAGUGUAUCUCUGCAAGUAGGAGGAUUGAUCUACGGCAGCUAAGGAGUUGGAAAAACAGAGACUAUUAAAUCUUUUGCUAGAAGUCUUGCUAAACCAUUCAUCAUGUGGUCAUGUCGAGGAGGUUGCUCUUAUAAUGGCUUGAGUAGGAUAUUUGCUGGAAUGGCUAUUGGUGGUUGGUGGCUUUGUCUUGAUGAGAUCAACUAACUUGAGAUUUAAAUUUUGUCUACACUCAUUCAGCAAAUCUUGAAUAUCAAGCAUGCAGUAAUGAUGCACAAAAAUAAGAUAGAAGUAAAUUUAAGUGGUGGAAGCACAGAAGUUCCAUUUAAUAGAGAGUUUGGAGUGUUUGCAACAUACACUCAUUAAGAUUAAGUUCCUUAGAACAAAAUACUAUUCAGGGAAUCAAAGAGACUUUUUGGAGUGACAUUGAAUAACUUCCCUCAUAUUUUGUUUGAGAACUUCAGGACUAUUCAUAUGUUCAAUCCAGAUACAAGAGUUCUUUUAACUGCUUAAUUAUCAAUGCUUGGAUUCAAUAACCCGCUAGGACUCAGCGGAAAGAUAUAUACUUGCCUUCAAUUACUAAGUGAAAACAUGACUCCCUAUCAUUCAAAGAGUAAAGAAUCCUUCAAACUCUUAGUAAAAUACCCAUUAAAUCUCAGAACUAUUGAGAUAAUUGUUUAGAAACUAAAAUUCAUACUUCGAACUUUUGUCUUCAAACAAGAUACUACAGAAGAUUACAUAGUUGCUAAUUCAUUACGAGGCACUUUCUUUUAUCAGUUCAAUCCAAACUAAACUGAUAUUGUAGAUAGCAUUGUGGCUAAUGUGUUCAACACUCAAUUUAAUGACAUUAUUGCUUACAGCUUUCCAAGAGAAAAUAGAAUGAAUGAAAUUCUUAAUACAAUAAUUGCGACAACAUAGAUAAUUCACUCAGAUUAACUCCUCAUAAAAUCAAAGUAAUUCCUAAACAGCAUAGGUGCAACAAUAAAGAGUAAGGAAGCGAGAAAUCAAUAAAGUACCAAAUCUAUUCUAUUGAUAGGCAGAUCAAUGUCUGGAAAAACUGAAUUAAUCUAAUUAGUGGCCAAGGCUUUCUAUAAAUUUACUAAGAAGCAUUUCAACAUUCACAGAUUUAAUGUGGAUUCCUAAAACCUAGACCAAUUCUAUGGAUAUCAUGAUACAAAGUAACAAUGGUAAGAGGGACUCUUACCUUCACUAAUACUUAAAUGUCUAACAAAACUUUCAGAGGAACAAUAGAAAUUCCUAAAUGAAGAUAACUAUAAAUCAAUAUUCAUAGGAGAUAGAAGUGUUGAUAUUCUCAAAGCAAGCACUAAUAUCAAUGAGUUGAAACCAACCAAGAAGUUAGAAUCUUUCUUUAAGAAUACAUAAUUGAAAAGCUAACAUACUCAAAAGAAGGCUGUAAAGAAAAGCAAGAAUAUAGAUUUUUCUCUCCUCGAAAAGGACCUAAUUAAAAGGAGUCUAUUUGCUACUCAAAGAGAUUGGAUAUUAUUAGAUGGCUAGGUGAAAGAAAAUUUCCAUAAUUCAAUACAAAUCAAUUGGUUUGAAAGGUUUUUGACACUAACUGAGAGAGAAUCAGAAUUUCUUUGCCAAUCAAAUGGCGACAGCAUUCAUUCAGUUAAUUCGGAACUAAAGUAUAUAAUAGAGACUCAAACCAUAUACCAUAUCUCACCAGCAAUAAUGAAUAGAUGCCAGAUUAUUUACAUUGACAAGGAUAUAAUAGAUGACAUAACACUUUUUAGCAAAUACAUACUAAGUGAAAAAUUUCCAGCAUAUUUCAAGCCUCAUGCAUCAAUGAUGUUGAGACUAUUCAAUAGAAUCUUUAAGCCUUUCCUUGAGUUUCUCAGAGAGCAUGAGCAAUUCCUACUUUUCUAAGUAAGAUAGCAAAAGAUGAUAGUCUCAGAUAUGAUGGUGAUAACUGAAGUCAUGAUAGAUGAACUACUUAAAGCUCUUAUUUGCAAUAAAAGAAUAGACAUAGACAGAUUAGAAGAUGAAUUCCUUAAGAAUGAAAAUGAUUCUUAAAGAGACAAAGAAAAAAGUCUAUACUCAGUGAUCUCAAACUUAAAUUUGUUUGACAAAUUCCAGAUCAAGUAUUCAAUGAGAAGCAAGAAGAAUUAGGAGUUCGAGCAAACAAAGCUCACUCAUGAGUAAGAGUUGGCUUGUCUUCAAUCAGCAUUUAUGGAAUCAAUGAAAUUUGUUAUUUCCAAUUACAUUAGUCCCGGAUUUCAUAGUUAAGUAGCUAUUUACCUUAAAACGGCAAUAAAAACAUUGAUAUCUGAUGGUAAAAUUGAUGAUAAAUUUGCUUUUGGAUUUAUAGAUGUUCUUAAUGCUUUUGAUUCAAAGGAUCACUAAUAAGAAUCAUUCUUUAUGAAUUAAUACUUUGACUAUUCAUCAUUGAUUUGGCAAUCAUUCGAUAUCUUCAACCCUUUCUUAAAAUACUGCACACAUUCGGGCGAAUAUCAAAAAGGUAGAAGAAGAUUUUCUAUAUCAGAGGAAUACAGACUCAACUCUUAGUACAGAGAAACUAAAAAUCAUAUUUUGACCUAGAAUGAGAUUGAUCGAAAAGUAAAUCAGAAAUUUGAUGCCUGUGAUGAAUUAGAGUUCCUAUACUUCGAUAAGUCAUCUAUGAUUAGAAGAAAUAAUUAUUAUUACAGGCUUUUGCAGUCUCAUCAUAAGAGUAUAAUGGUAAUGGGACCAAUUUAAAGUGGUAAAACAUCAAUGAUCCGCAAUAAAAUCUAGAGUGAUAUGAAGUUUAGAGACUUUAGACUGUCUAACAUUUCAAGAUAUAUACCAUACGUCAUGAAUCCUCUGACAAAGGUAACAGAUUUAAAGAGAAUAGUAGAAAGCAAUAUGGAAGUCUAAAGAGCAGGAGUGUAUGUUCCACCCUCAAAAUAGCAUACCUAUUUAUUCAUCGAUGACUUGAAUAUGUCUAAUAUACACCCAGAUAAGGACUCAUCUUCACCUUUGGAAUUACUGAGAGAAUACUUUGAGCUUGGAGGCUGGUAUUCAAAAAAUUAGUAGAGAUUUAAUUAUGUGCAGUAGAUGCAUAUAAUAAUCAGCUACACUUUAGGAAAAAGAGGAGAUAGGUAUUUGAUUAAGUCAUUUAAUGAGAGAAUUAUGAGACAUUUUGUAAAGCUAUAGAUUCAAUCGAUUAACAAAUUCGAGAUGGGUAAUAUUUUCAUGUAGUAUGUUGAUAAGGCUUUUGACUAAAAACAUGAUAAAAAUUUAUAUGAAAUAUCUAAAAAGGUAAUGGAUACGCUGUCAGUAUUUAUGUUUAAGAAUUAUGAAAAGUUUUAUUGUGAUACUAAGGCUUUUGGAAUUAAUCUAUCUAUUCAGAGUACAGUAACAUGUAUUAGAAAAUUCGUUUAGAUAGACUAUUCAAAGAUAAAAUCAGAUAAAUAAGCUAUCCUUAAGACAUGGUUUGAUCUAAUUAAACGUUAAUAUCUAUAUUAAUUCCCUCUUAUUUUCCAAAGUGUCCAAGAACAAAAACAGUUCAAUGACAAGAUAUUUGACAAUAGAUAUAGUAAUAAUGCUGAUUUUUAGCAAAAGGAUAAUGACAGUUCAUUUAAUACAGAUCUAGACAAGGGAGAUGAUAAGUCUAUUAUACUGUCUUCGUCUGAAGAAGAAAGCGAUUAAUCUAAUACCUCUCAUCUAAGAAUCAAGAUUAAAAAGAGCAAUCAUAAGAAAAAGAAAUCAAGUGAUCUUUCAAGUAACAAUUUUUCUGAUAGAGAAGAUAUGUCUGAGGAUGAAUCAUCAAGUAAAUUUAGCAAGAAGGGUCGAAUGAACUUCAAACUGCAAUCAUUUAAUAACAAAGUCAGAUAAUACAUUCUUAAGAUCAGCACACUCCUCUAUGGUAUAGCUCAGGAUUUUAUGGAAGAAAAAUCUCCAACUAAAUCUCCAAGAGGUAACAAGAACUUCUAGCCUCCUGUUCAUAGCGGAAUCGUCAAUUCAUAGGCUUCUAAGAACAAAGAUAUAGAACUAAUGCUAAUGAAGUAGCAGUUUAUAGUAAAUAAUGAUAUUUUCGAGAGAUUGGAUGAACAACCAAAGAACUAUGAAUAUGACAUUUAAAUAAUGGAGGAGGAUCACUUCAAACUUAUAAACAGAGAAAUGAGAAAUCAGUUUAAGAAGUUUAUCUUUUAGGAUGACUGCAGUUUCAAGCAUGAAUUUCUAAGGAUGGAUAAUGCUCUAUAUGAUAAGAUGGUCAAAACUUGUCUAGACUUGAUGAGAUAAUUAGAAGAGCUAUAGGGGCAUGUGGUUCUCAAAGCUAAUUACGAGGUAGAUUCUAGUUUCCUAGUUUUCAUUUGCAGAGUGUGCGCUUAGUUCCUUAGAUAUACGCCCUAUUUUAUCAAUCUUUCCUCUCCAGAGUUUUCAUUCAGUGAAUUUAUCAGAGACUUCAACAGUAAGCUGGAGGAAAAUGUUUUUAGAAAGAAGACUAAGAUGAUUUUAAUUGUCGAAAUGGAAAACUACAAUUUAAACCAUCAAUUAAAUGAUGAGCAUAGAUAGGAAUCUAUUGCCAAUUUCCUCUAUUUCUUGUAAGCAUUGGCUACUGGUUCUAGGUUCUAGAAUUUGUUGAAUUAUCAGGAAAUGAAAAUCAAUCUUGAUAAGAUUAGGUUAAGAGAGUAUACCCAAUAAACCUACGACUUUGAUAAUUUUAAUGAGGAAUAAAUUCUAUAUUGUCUGAAUUCAGACAUUACAAGGAAUAUCAAAAUCAUAUUCACGUCAAAUCACUCAAGAGGUUCCUUUAUGAUAGACUAAAUAUUAAUGCAUUAGUUUAGAAUCAAUGAUGAUAACUAAGACAAUCUCUCUUUAGAGACACUAGGUUACUUAGCAAACUAUUGCAAAGAUCUAUUCUUAAUGACAAGAGUGAUCCAUGUAGACUUUAUGCAUUAUCUGGAGGAGAAUAUGAUCUUCAUCCAAUAGAGCAAUUCAUCACAGUUUAAGAAGAAAAAGGAGUCAAAUUUCAAAAAUCACCACAAUGAAAUUAAGAAAAAUAAAAAUAUCCUCGGCCAGCCAGAAAAAGUCAAUAUUUAGUAUUUCAGAAACCCAUUCAAGUUAAAUGAACAAAAGUAUGAUAGAAUUAUAGAUUCAGCCUAUGUUACGGCUAGAAAGAUUUAGAACAUAGUAAAUGAUAUAUAAUAAUGGGAGAUAGAUUCAAGCUUAGAAUAAGAUAAAUAGCAGGUUUACUACCUGUUUGAGAAAUUAAUGACUAGAUACUAUAGAAAGCAUUAUCAAAGAAAAAGAAACAUUCUGGACUAUCUGGUGAAAUUCAAAAAUCUCACUGACGAAAUUAAAAAAAUAAAGGAGGAAACGAAGGAGUAAAAGGACAAGAUGCAUAAGAACAGAGAAGAUCGCAAUGAAAGUAAUAGAACCAUUGAAGAUAAUAAAAAGUAAAUUGAGUAUAACAAAAAGAAAUCAACUGAUUUGAUGAAGAAAAGUACUGAUAGAUUGAACUCACUAUUUAAAGAGAGGAAAUUCAAGAUGAUGGAUCUUGAGCAUUUAGAAAGCAAAUUUUCAGAAGAAUAUGAAUUCUUGAAAAAAACUACAGAAUCUGAAUAUGAUGAGUUUCUACAGAAUUUAAGAACUGGAAAAGCUCCUUAGCUUAUAGUUUCUCAGCAUUUGGCAUUGAUGUUUAUACUGAUGUUUGGAACUGAGAAAAUGAAAAGAAAGCCAAAUGUUAAAAUGGAGAAAGUAGCACCAAAGUUCUACUUGCAGAAGUAUUCUUAUUAGAAAUUCAUUGAAGAUUUGGGGGUAUUUUCACUAUAAAAGAAGUUUGCCUCAGAGAAUAUUUUUAAACUCUAACAACUAUAUGAAUAGGCUUCUGAAUUGAUAUCAAAUCAUGGGAAGGUGAUUACUAAGUUUUAGAAAUUGAGUCUAUCCUGGUUUGUGAAUGCAAUUAAUUACUCAAAGAUGAAAGCAUAAUUAGAUGAAAUUCAAAUAGAUUUUGAGAGAGAUCUAAUGGAAGCUGAAGAUUAAAGGUCAAGAGCUAUCAAUCUCAUAGCUAUAAAUUAGUAAAGAUCUGAUGAAAUUAAGAUUUUGGAUAAGUUUUCUAAAAAACUCGAGAAAAAGAUUAGAAAGAUUACUUCGUCAAUUCAAAGUCUUAAAGAUAUAGGCAAAUAGUUGAAAGAUAUUAAAAGAGAUCUGGCUAGCUAUGUAAAGAAAUGGAAAGUAUAUGUAGUUGAUCAAGCUGCUCCAUUUGAUAUGACUGAAGGGAACAUGCUUUAUAUUGCUCUUUACUUUGUAUUUGUAAUGAAAUUCCCAUCAGUCGUUAGUUCGUAUCUAAGAGACUACAUACUAAAUCUAAUGCUAGAAUGGGAUCUCAAGUUUAAUAUCUAAAAUGCAAUAUUCUAAUUUGUCAAUUUAGAGACUAAAAAUUUCUAGGAAGAAUGCUCGCUUUAUGGUAUUGAAGAAAAUCAGAGACUUUAUGAGAAUCUGGCUUUGAUUAAAUUAGUCAAUAAAUUUAAACUUCCGUUCCCUUUCAUUUAUGACCCACUUGGCAUUGCUUUCAAAUACAUUACAAAUCUUGAAGCUCCUCAUUAAAUAGAAACUGAAAUGAUAACUAUUAUUGAAGCUGAUGACUUAGACGAGAGUAACUUAAAAAAUAAUGAGAAUAGAGUAUUCCAGUAUUACUAGGAAAGGUACACUAAGAAUGAAACUACUUUCGAAAAAUUGGUGAGGUGUAUGGAAAAUGGAACGCCAAUUAUAUUAAAAGAUGUAGAUGUAAAGGCUUUGAAAUUGGUAGACUCAUUAAUACAAUGGAGAUAUAAGAACUAUCUGAGAGAUAUAAGAGGUAGAUACUAUGGUAAAGAGAAUGAUAAAGAUUUUGACUCUAAAUCAAACAUCGAUCUAGAUCAAUCACAUCAGUCUAAUCAGCCAGACUCAGUAAGUGAAAAGGAAAGUGCUUUUUCUUAAAGAAUACUAUCAGAUAAUUUUGAAAGGCCAAUGUCAAAUAAUGGAACCACAUAACCAAUACCAGAUGAAGAAGAAGAAUAGGAUAUUGAUACCAUCCAUUUUAACAAGGCAUUUGUAACUAUUAAAAAGUCAUUUAGGCUAUAUCUAGUCUUUUCAAGCAAAAACUUCUAGAAUAUUGAGAACUAUUACAGGCAGAGAACUACUUUCGUUAAUCUUGCAGUAGAAGACGAUUAAGAUCUGAUGAAAGAUAUUGUGUUAGACAUCUUAAUGCAAUAGUUCUAGUUUGAACCAUACAUUAUCAGUUAUUUGCUCAAAGGUCAUAAUUUUAGAAUAUAGCGAGAACAGCUGAAAAGAGAGAAGAUAUUCUUGAGAUAUUUCAAGAGGAAUGAGUUUAAUUUCAGAGAUUAAGAGACUAUCAACACAAUCAAAAAUCUAAUCAAAUCUUUGAAAGAGAUUUAGCAACAAAAGCUAAAAUUCGUUCUUGAAAAUCAGUAUUUGAAAAAGUAUAAAGCUCUAUUUGAGAAGGUUUAAAAAGAGAUAGAAGAAGAGGAACAAAAAGAAGAAAACGCUAUAAAAGAAAAUAAGCAUAAUAGACCAGCUUCAGGCGAGCUAAAAAAAUAAUAGCCAAGCAAAAUUACCAGAAAAGGCAAAAAAUCAGUGCAUAGAGCUACAAGUUUCGAUUAAGAUAAUCUACUUUAGUUCUAUUUAAAAAGUCCAAGUCAAGUUUAGAACAAAGCUGCUUUUGAGAAGCUAUACAAAGAGAUAUUAGAUUCAAACAACAAGUAAAAAAUUGACUUUAGGUAGAAGAUUAUGUUUGCAACUGAGCCAGUCUAUAUCCUCUGGAAGACAACUUAAGAUGUUAGAGCCUCUCUAGGUAAUUUAUAUAACUUCACUGACAACUACUUCAAACUAUUGAUAAAAUAAACUGCAUAGGAGUUAUACCAAUUAUCAGUUACAUUCUCUAAUAGCUCAUCAAAAAGGGAUUUGUCUAAUAUCACAGAAAAUCUGGUACUCAGAAUCAUGCAUAAACUAAUAAGUGGGUUAAGGAAGGACCAUAAAGUUAUUUUCAUGUUUAUAUUCUCUGUAAAACUACUACAAAAUGAACAUGAGGCUGUUCAAAGCUGUAAAAAAUCUAUUUUGGACAAGAUUGACUUUUUAUUCAAUGGUCUCUAGAUAUAUCAGGGAGACUUGCUAGCAAUUAAUUAUGAGCAAAAGGAUUUCUAUAGAGAUCCUAAAUGGGAUUAUACAAAGCACAGACUUUAGGACUACUAUCAAACUAUUGAAGGAAAAAUAUUGCCAUUGGUAACAAAUAAAGAUAUACUAAGAGCCUAGCCAGUUUUAAAGGCAUAAAACCUUAGCUACAUUUUAGACAAUAUGAUCCCUAGAGAUAAUAUAGAAAUCAUUAGAAACUUGAAAGAAAUCUUAUAACAAAGCCCAGAUGCGCUUGCAUAGAAGUUAAAGAGAAUAGAAACAGGCUCAUAAAAAAUAGUAAAGAGAAUUGGAGGGAAUGUGUACAGAGCAUUCCAAGUAGAAAGCCUCAUAGCAAAGGAAAGAAGAUAGCAAAUCUAUAAGGAUGAAAUGGAUCAUGUAAGACCAGCUAUUAAGAGAAAGGGUUCGGUUGGUAAUAUUGGCAAUGCAUCACUAACUAACAGACCUAUCAGAAUGAAUACAUAAAAAGUAAGCAAGGGCUCUAAUACAUCUUAAAAUCAGUUUUCAAAAACCUAGACUAUACAAAAUGAUAACUUCUCUUUCUCAAAUAUGGUAGUUUAAGUAUAGAAGUUAGAUACUCACAAGCAUCUAUCCUAGCAGGAUAAUUCAAAGACUUCUUAAAUGGCUUAAAAACCCAAUUUAGAGCAAGUUAGAAGAAGAGCUUCAAUCAUUAGAAAAGAGAGUGAUUCAGGAGAAGUUCCUCCAAUGGUAGCAGGUUUAAAGAGAAGAUCAACUAUUACUGAGGGAUUUAACAGAAAUAACUCAAGAAGCACUAACUUAAAGACAUUAGUCCCUGGAUAUCAUUUCGAGGCUAUUUCUUCUCUAAUUUCAAACUUUUUGGAGACUUUCCUUUCACUUGAGAAUGACAUAGUUGCUGAAAAAGAGAAAUGGUUGAACAUGUUCUUCCACACUCCUAGCUCUUAGGAUUUCGACCCAUUUGAUUUUGUUCCAAAAUUGUCAAAGUCUAAAAUGGGAACUCCUAGAGAAAAAUUGAAUCAACAAGACCCAAUAGAUCAGCUUCUCUUGUUGUUUGUAACAAAAAGUGAGACAAUAUCCAAAGCUAUUGAUAACCUUAUCAAGCAUGCUCUUGAUCCAAUCUUUCAUUAUACCCCAAAGCACAUUAUAGAGAUUCAUGCCACACUUGAAUGGUUUAAAAGACCUACUAUAAUUUUUUACAACUUCGGCUCUUCCAGUCCUGUCUAAAGAAUUAUGAAUGCCUCAAAAAAAGCAUUUAGACAGACAAUUAGAAUAUCAUGUGGCAAGUCUAACUUUGAAAUCAUCAAGCUCAAGAUACUGCAAGCCGCUAGAGGUGGAAACUGGCUCAUCAUUGAGAAUCUUUAAAUGCUUCCUGAAUAGCAAAUACUCAAGAUUCUAAAGUUCAUUUAUGAUAGGAUAGUUUAUGUUAGACAGAGCUUCCCUAAUCUGAGAAUAUGGAUAACAUAUUACACAGAGACAUUUUCAAGCGAAGAAUACCGCCCUCUCGACUUAAAACAAUCAUUAUCGACAAAGCUAUUUUAACUGACAAAUGACUGCUUCAAAAUAUUCAUAAAUUCUAAAUAAGGUCUUAAGGAGUAAAUGAUGAGUCUAUAUGAGCCAGAGGUAGGCUACAUACUGCAUAAUUAUGAAGAACAUUUCUACACUGUUUUGAUGCCUAAGGAACCAUCUAACGAAAAAGAGAUUAAAUUCAAACAGAUUUCAGACUAUUGGGAAAGACUUAUUAAAGACAAUGUAGUUGAUGUAAAGCGCAGAGACCUUGUCAAUAGAAAGCCUAAGCAGAAAUUCCUGAAGAGAAUCAACUAGGCUUUAGAAAACGAGAUGCAGCUUAAUUUCAAGUUUAAUAUGCUUAUUGCAAUUCUGGAUGAGAGAAAUUUCUUUGAGAGAGACUAAUAUGUAGAGUUCUUCAAUGAGAGAUUCAACACUACUUCCAAAGAGGAUUUCAUGGCAUUUCAAGAAUAGCUCUGGUUCAUGGUGUACUUUAUCAACAAAGGAAAAAGAGGCUCAAAGGAGUUACUUCAGAAAUAGAUAGAAAACUAUACUGCUGUUAAUGAUUAAAAUACAGGAGUGUUGAGCACAGGCAUUGUUAGGAAUCUGUUUAACUUCAUGGUAAAUAAGGUAGGAGAUUAUACUAUUUCAGCACACAAGAAGCAUUGCUAUUAUCUUUAUGGAGUAAAUUCACAUGAAAAUAGACUUAACACCCAAGAGUUUAAGAGAAAUAUCAAUUUAAUGCCAGAAUAAGAUUAGCUAAGUAUACUAGGAGUUUCUCUAAAUCAAGGACUUGCUAGACUUUAUAUUGAUACAAAAAAUGUAUUAAUGGGGGUUUCAAUUCAUUUUACUAAGGCAAAAUAAUAUUAAAAGCAAGACUAAAAGCUUAGGUACCUAUUUGAGCUAGAUCGUGAUUAGUUGACACUGGAGAAUAGGGAACUUUUACUAAUUGGCUUUAACAAAGAAUUAGACAGCUUCAAUAGCAAGUAGAAUAUUCAUAAGCAAAAGAUCAAUCAGAAAGAAGAUUAUUGCUUUGGAGAUGUUGACAAGAUAGUAGAGCUAUACAUUCAGUGCUUCAAUCAAAGAAACAUCGAUGAGAUAAAUGGAUUUGAAUCAAAGUUAAAUCAUCUUAUAAAGCAAAUGCCAUCAGCUUAGAAAUAUCUUCUUUACAAAGACAGAGAUUAGAAGGGAAUCUAGACACUAAACAAUACAUUAUAAGGUGGUCGCUUGCUUGAAAAAAUAGAGACUAACUAGCAGACUGAGAUCAUAAAUCAAGCAAAGAAAACAACUUUGAAGCUUUAGAAUGAAAUGAUAAAUGUUGAACUUAUCAAGGAUUUGAUGUCUGAAAAUUAAUCACCAGGCUCUAAACUUAAGGGUUAUUAGAGAAAUGCUGUGAUGUCACCAUAAAACGCCUCAAAAUUUAGAUAAGAAAAACUUAAGCAAUAGUAAAAGGGAGAGCUCUCAUUGCUAAGAAAGCUUUACUAUGAUACAGUCUAGUCAAAAGAGUAAUAGAAUGAGAGAGUUUACAUAAUAAUUAACUUUGUAAAUGAGCUUCUUCCAAAAACACUUGAGUAUCCUUAGUUUAGCAUUAAACUCGCUAAAAAUGCAGCUUCUUUAGACGAGGAACAAAGUGCAGAUGAAGAGGAAGAGAAAUUAGCAAAAGAACUUAUUACUGCGUAACAGUCACCUACUAUUUCUCCAACAAAGGAGGAAUAGAAAAAGAUGAGUCCAUAAUCAUUGAGAGAAUCUAGAAGAAAAUCAAAUGUUAUACCUAGUCUCUAAAUUAAUUUGCCAGGUAAGACUUUGGAAUAGAAAAGACCUACUAGACUAGAGCCUAAACUAACUGUUUAGACUGCUAAUAGAAAUUUCUCUAGUAAUCUGGCACCCUAAACUCCUUAAAUGAACAAAGAACUCACAUCCCCCGCCUCACCUAAUGUGGUUAAAUUCAGAAACUUCACUUUAUCAAAUCCUAAAGAAGUGCAAACACCAACCUCAGCUAGGUAGAGAUCAAUCACUUAAGCCCUUUCUCAAUUCGACUAUCAAUUUAAGUACAAGAACUUCUCGGGCAAGAAUGAGUAGAUUUUCAGGAAUUUCUACUUUGCAGAGCUGAUUCAAAUGAACAAGAUCAUAAAAAAGAUAAAUAAGGAACUUUCAAUACUAAAGAAUUAUCUCUAAGGAAUUAGAAUUAAAAGUCUUGACAUCAAAGAUUUAGAUUUAUAUGAAUGCUUGCUAAACAAUGAAGUGCCUGGCUCCUGGCUUAAAAGUGGCUUUUUCUGCAAGAUAAAGAUCACUUUAGUUGAAUGGCUAGAACUGCUUACUUCCAAGUAUGCGUAUCUGGAGAGAUGGGCUAUUGAAUCAAAAGGUAAUCCACCCCCAGUUCUAAAGCUAGCAAUAGUCAUGAAUCCAUUUAAUCUAAUGCAGUAAAUGCUAGCUGACUACGCCAAUUGCUAUUCUGUUUCUUACAAUAUUCUCGGCCUCAUCAUGUAUUUGCCUAAAAAUCAACCUGCGAAUCAGCAAUAAAGUAGAGGUAUAUAUUUAGAAGGAAUUACUUUAAGAAAUGGACAUAUCAAUUUUAAAACAGGAGAGCUAGAGAGAGCAAUGACGAGAGAGUUCGAAUAAGAACUUCCUGUGAUUAAAAUGAGGGUUUCUUGCAUUAGAAGGCAUAACUGGGAUGCUGUAGAAUCUGUUCCAAUUGUAAUUAGGGGAAGUGAAGGAAAGGGAGUUUAGAGAUUCGGUAGAGAAGUUUAGUUAUAAGCUUAAUUUUAAAAUUAAGGAACUAAUCAUGCCCAAUCUAUACUUUUGAUGAUGGAGAAACUAUAAGAGGAUUAAGUGGUACCUUUGGAGCCGGCUUCACCUUUCAAGCCAAGAGGUAGCUUUUUAAAAGUUAGAAUAAAGGAUCUGAUAACUGAUGUUGCAGAUAAGGAAAGUACUACCAAUCACGAAGAGAAUCAAAUUUCUCUCCAAUUCCAUAAGAUAAACUCAACUCCUGCCCACAUGAUACAAUCACCAAUGCUUAAGUCAAGUUUAAGGUCAAGUCAACUUCAAGUCAUUUCACAUAAAGCUACAACCAAAACAAAUUAUCAAACAUUAAACACACAAGGACCUAAACUAAAAGGCAGAGGAAUUAAAUCAAGCUUUAAGUCUUAAGAUUAAAAACAUAAUCUGUUAAAAUCCUAAUCUGAUAAGCACAAGAGUGAUAUACUAUAGAUAAGUAAAAUUCAAAGUGGAGGUGCUGGACUGCUUCAGCUUCAUGAGAUAGAGAGUGAAUCAAGCUUUGAUAGUGAUAAUUAAGAUUUAGCUGAGAAGAAAGGUGACAAGACAGCUCCAAAUCAACAGCACGCUAGUUAAAUUAACCUAUUGGAUGAUUUCAAUUUAUAAUUCAAGUAGAGCAACAUAGUAUCAAGCAGUGAUAAUUUACUAACUAGAUUGCAAUCCCGAGUUGACCAAGUAAGUGAAGAUGUGGAUAACUAUUUCCAAAAGGUUUUCUUUGACUUAAGAAAUGAGAACAAAUUUAAAGAAAAUGAUGGCUUAAUUGAUCCACCUCCUCCUAAGCUAGAAUUUGAAGACAACAAACCUGAACGCAAAUAAGUAAAGAUGUUUGAUGAACUGCCAGAAGACUCAAUCCUUAGAUAUGAGAUUGUAUGCCCCUUGAUUGGCUAAAUUUAGUCAAAUAAUUUGUUCAAGAUCAAGUAUCAUUUCAGAUUCAGAUCAAGAUACCCACAAAGCUACUGGAACAGCGUUGGCUUAAUUGCCUAUUUCAACAAUAUUAAAACUUUAUGA